UUACACGGUGGUUUGCGCCCUCUUGGUUCGGCUCUUCAUGUUUUGAACCCGAGACUUUGCCUGAGUCGGGCGCCCGCCGAUGAUUAUUGUUAAUUUGUUUGUGUUACUGCAGCCGGCGGUGAUGUGAGGCUCCGAGCCAGACCUGUUUUGUCUCAGACGCUCGCAGUCCCGCUUUCAAACGCCUGCUGCCAGCGCUCUCGCCGAGCCUCCCUCUUCCACAUCUCGCAUUCCCCUCAUCCCCAACUCAACCCAACCCCCGGCCAAAUCAAGUGCUCAGCAUUGGGCGCGUUUGCCCCCCUCUCUAUUCCUGCCAACAUGUUGAUGUGGUCGGUGCCAGGCUCCCGGCUCCCUUCGCCCCGAGACUCGGCGCUCCGCAGGGCGGCUCUGGCUGGAGCUGUGGCCGAUCUCCCUCAGUACCUCCCGGGCAGCAGGAGCAUCAAGGUCUUCGUCAGCUCCAAUCCCGAAGACACAGAAGCAGAACGGAAGUCACUGAAGGAGCACGUGUACCCUAAGCUGCGGGAAUUCUGCAGGGAAAACUACGGGCUUGAAUUCCAGGUAAUAGACGUUUACUGGGGACUGGAUCCAGAAGAAUGGGAUAACCCAGAAAUCCAUAGAAUUCGGAUGAGGCUUUUAGAAGAAUGCCUGAAAACAUCUGCCGGUCCAUGUUUUGUUGGACUAUUUGGAGAAAAGUAUGGCAGCGCUCGCAUCCCCGGGGAGGUUGAGACUUCUGAAUUUGAGAUGAUUUUGGAUGCUGCUGUGGAGGCACAGCUGGAGACAAAAGUCUUGGAGGAGUGGUACUGCAGAGAUGAAAACUCCGUCCCACCAACAUACUACCUCAAACCAAAGUCUGAAAUGCUGAAAAAUUCACAGAAUGUGACAGAUAUAACUAUAAAUUCCCCCAACCCCAAGAAAUGGAAGGAAAUAUCAGAGGACAUCAAGAAAGUUUUUAAAACUGCAGUAAACUUACUGCAAGAGCGAGGAACUAUGGAGAGUUCCAAAGCCAAGAAGUAUCUUUGUUCAGCAAUUGAAGAUGAGUUUGAGUUUGCCCUGGGAAACCAAACGCCAGCAUUUCUAAAGAAGUGUGUGUGUUAUAUCAGGAAAAUCGCAAACAUUGACCGUCACGUGAAGAAUCCAGAAAUGGGCCGGUACAUGGACAUCAUAGAGGUAAAUGGAAAACUUAUACGAGACCCCAUUGCGAUUGAAAAGCUUGUGAAACUGAGGGACGAGUUUAUUCCUACGAUUGUUGCCUCUUCCAACCUGAGAGUAUACACGUCCAUUACCCAUUGCGAUAUGAAGCUUGGAUAUUCAGAGAAUGUAGAAAACCACUAUGUUGAAGGCCUUUGUAAGCAGUUCUAUGAUGAUAUGAUUGACAUUAUUCAAUCUAUAGUUCAACAGAACUUUGACAUUGAAUCUGAUGCACUUUAUGAUGAAGUUCUGCAGCACUUGUCCCUUUGUAAAAUGAAUGCCUCUUUCUACCAAUAUGAAUGUGAAGCCUUGGACCUCAUCCAGAAGUAUAUACUGCCUUGCAAAUCAGCACAGGUGAACCCACUUGUGGUAUAUGGUGGGCCAUGCACAGGCAAAACACUUCUACUGGCAAAGGUGGCACAACAGGCCUACUCAUGGCUUCAAGAGGAAAUGGGCUCCGAUUCUGUUCCAGUUAUAACUGUGAGGUUCUUGGGAACAACUGAAUUAAGUACAGAGCUUAAAACCUUACUGCAAAGUCUCUGUGAACAAUUAGCCAUUAACUACCGAUGUCUCAUACACAGUUAUCCUCAAAGAGUACAUGACCUGAGGGAUUUAUUCGUAAACCUACUGAAUGAGUCUUCAUUUCAUCGGCCGUUGGUGUUAAUUUUUGAUGCUGUGGAGCAGUUGUCAGAUGGUGAGGAAGCUCGCAAAUUGUGGUGGCUUCCCAUUCACCUUCCGCGCUCGGUCCGGAUAAUAUUGUCAACGCUGCCCAACAAACAUGGCAUUUUACAAAAACUGAGAUGCUUGAUACAAGAGGACGAUAAUUACAUUGAGUUGCCACAACGUGACAGGAAGAUCUGCAGUCAAAUGUUGAAGUGUCAGCUUCUGCAAGUGAAAAGAAAGGUCACCUCUGGACAGCAGAUCUAUGUCAAUGAAGCCCUGUCAAAGUGUACUCUGCCCAUGUUUGUUAAUCUGAUCUACCACGAGGUCAUGCAGUGGAGAUCACACAAGGAUGUCGACGAAACCUCACUUUGUGGGACGGUACAUGAUAACAUUGAGCAUCUUUUCUGGACACUUGAAAAUAAGUGCGGAUCAAGACUGGCCUCAAGAGCUCUUGGUUUUAUCACAAUGGCCAAAGUUGGACUGAGUGAAAUGGAACUGGAAGAUGUUCUUUCACUUGAUAACCAUGUGCUAAACGAAAUCACAACAAAGUCUGAGCUUCGGAAUCCACUGCGGAUACCAUAUCAUUUCAUCGCAAGGUUGAAGGAGGAGCUAUGCGGAUAUUUAGUGGAGAGGCAGGUGAGGAGCGUCACACUUCUAGUUUGGGCAAAUCGCCAUCUUCAUCUGAUCGCUCAGAAACUCUACCUGCAGAACGAGGAAGACAUACAGGAAAUGCACAGCAUUCUGGCAGAUUAUUUUUUAGGAGUAUGGUCAGGUGGGAGACCUCGGUUGUUUCAGCUUGAGAAAGGUCAGGUCCGACCUCCAGACAAUAACAUCAAAAGCAUGAUUAAAGAAAAUGAGACUGGUGAGAAAACCUUUGAUCGGCAAGUCCCUGAACAGCCGUGGGUCUUCCAGUGCAAUCCAUUGGAACCGGAUAUCUUUUUUGUGAAUCAUAGGAAGAGCACAGAGCUGCUGCAUCACCUGACCAGAAGUGGGAGGACAGAUGAACUCAUGUACAGUGUCAUCAUGAACUUCAGUUGGCUGUACACCAUGAUCAAAAUUGGCCACCUUGACAAAGUCCUGUCGGACAUCGAUCUUGCCUACAAUUACUCGCAGGAGAAAGAACUGAAAUUUCUAGCAAGGACGCUGCGAAGCAUCAAGUUGAAAGUUACAAAGAACCCGAGCUCGCUGUCCGCUGAGCUGCAGCAAAGGCUAUUGCCUGUCAUUAGCUCUUUACCAAAGCUGAGGCACCUUUUACUGGAGUGCGACAAGGACGGCCCAAAGUACUGCUCGAUUGUGCCUUUGCAUUCCUCCCUGGACGUGAUGUACAGCCCCGAACGGCUCCCACUGACCAGCAGCCAUGCCCAUGUGAUCGAGGUGCUGCCAACGUCAAGCCCCACUGUGGUCAUCGCCGCGUUGGAGAACGGUUCCAUUACUACCUGGGACGUGGAGUCACAUCAGAUCCUGCGGCAAAUCACAACUGCAAACUCUGCUGUGUUGGGGAUGAAACUCACACACGAUGAGAAGUACCUGGUGGUGUCAACGACAAAAAAUACACUGUUGAUAUACGACAAUCAUAAUUCAUGCCAGUUGUCAGAGGUGGAGGUCAAGGGUUCCAAGCACUGCAUUGCGGGUGGAGGCAACUGCUUCAUUCAUGGCUUCACUUUAUCAAUUAACCAUGCUCUUGCAUGGUUGCAGGGCAGCAAAGUCGUGCAUGUGAUUGAUUUAAUUUACGGCUGGCCACUAUACCAGUUCCAUUGUUGGUAUGAAGUUACUUGUGUGCAAUGUUCUCCCGAUGGAGUGUACGCGUUCUGUGGGCAGUACUUGAACACGACCACCAUUUUCCUCUUGGGGAGCGGUGAAAAGCUCUCCACGGUGACAUCAGAAUUUUCUGGCGGCUACGUGAAAUCCCUUCUCAUUCUGGCCGCAGUUCAAGAAAUGGUGAUGAUCGAUAAUGAGGGCAGCCUGUCUGUGUGGAACAUAGAUGAAAUUACCAACCCCCAACUGAUCGAGGACUUUGACUGCAGAGGGAAAGACAACGAAGUGGUCAGCCUGGAACUGUCGGAAGACCAAAGUGCAAUCCUCAUCUGUAAGACUUUCAGCAUUGAGGUAUUGGACACCAGCAUCUGGAAGGUGGCUGAGAAGUUCAAAGCAAAGCGGAAUGAACGCCUCACAUCAGCGGUUCUCUCCAAAAACGGUGACUCGAUUAUAGCAUCAAUGGAGCAUAUGUCGUCGAUAUUAGUGUGGCGCAGAGAUACCGGACAGUGCAUGGCAAGUUUGCAGGAAAGUUCUGGAGCCAUUGUACAACUGGUGAAAUCAAACCAACACAAUCUGCUGCUGUCUUUAACGAGCAAUGGUAUUCUCUCUGUCUGGGAUAUCGACAUCAUAACGGCGAUCUCAAACAUCGACAAAACCGGCAAACCAAUUCAAAGCCUUCUCCUGCCGGGCAAAGGUGAACUGAUUUACACACUGGAUGGCUCCGAAUCUGUUCACAAAUGGAGUUUUAACACUGGAUACAUUGAGGCUAUAUUUAAACACGAGAGCGUUGUGGAAAAUUGUGUUCUCACAUCAUCAGGUGAGCUCAUGGUUACUUCAGAUGACAAGGGCAGCCAGUAUAUCUGGCACACCAUCACUGGGGACAAUAUCUUUCGCAUCAACGGGCAGAGGAUAUCCCAGCUACUGAUAACGCACAAUGAUCAGUUUGUAGUCUCGCUCUGUAACCAAGGCGUCUCUCGGGUGUGGAGGCUGUCCACUGGCCAUAAAGUCUGCAAUAUUCUGGUUCCCAUGCAGAAUGCUUUUAUCACAUAUCCCAAUACCUUUGUAAUUGGUGUUUCAAAAAACAAGUUGCUGGCGGUCAGCUUGUGGACUGGAAGUGUGACAAAAAAGUUCUGCUGUGACGAUGGUACCACCAUUGUAAAUUUCAAGCUGAUCCCCGAUUCCCCAGACUGUGUGGUUUUCAUUACAUCGUCAGAAACACUGUUUGUAUGGAGUGUAACCGAUGAAGCAGUGUGUAGGCGUGUGCAGCUUCCCAAUAAUUUCCUCAAGAACCUGGAGGAUUUUCAGAUAUCUCCCAAUGGGAAACUGGGAAUUUUGUCGCGGGGUGACGACAACAUCAACAUCAUGGAUCUGCACAAUGGAAAGCUGCGUCUUGUUCCCGCCACUGGCAUCAUCUGGCGCCAGAGGCUUUCACGCGACGGUCGUUACCUGGUGUACAUUUGUUUCAGAAACUGCAGUGAAGACGAAGACAAUGUGGCUAUGUGCAUCUUAACAGUGGUCAGGCUGGCCGAUGGGAAAAACAUUGGAGCAUGUUCACUUUACAAGACUCCGGCUUUUCUCAGUCUCUCACAGCGGCAUCUGAACAUUAUCAUAGGUUUUGAUGACGGCAGCAUUGGAACCUACACCGUCGUAGACCGAGUGGAUGCUGCCUUAAAAAUUAAAAUAGCUACUUCCAACAGUCGACAGAUUUUUAGUAACACAGGUCAGCAGAUCAGGCCAAAGCAUGCAAAUUUCAUGUGCAAAUAUACAGCAGACUGCAUAUGGAGAGAGUCUACUGAGAUUUUUGCCAGGGAUAGCCCGAUUACAGUCUCCGAUUCAAGUGAGACACAGGAGACAGCACCUACCAAAAAGCAACCUUACUGUUCCGAUAAGGCAGGUUCAACAUUACAAAUAGACUACAAAUGUCAGAACUUUGCAGCCGAAAGCUAAGCCAUGUUUUUCGUGUGUGCAUAAAAAAAAGUGUAUACAGAAACAAAUAUUUUAAUAUGCUGAGUGUGAUUUUAAAAGUCACUCAAAGAUACUUUGGUUUUGUUACUUUAGAGGAGAAUUAUUCAUUAAUUCAAGGGGACUAAUAACUCAGGAUUAAAGUAAAUAUUUCUGAUAACAAACUUAUUUGUUUGCUAUGACUUUUCCUAACUUUGUUGCUCUGGUUGACACUCUCAGUAUGCUCAUCUUUUUACAGCAACUGAAUUAGCGUAAUGUUUUAGCCCUUAGGGAUUGAGAGUAAAUAGUUUACUCAGCCUCAUGUUUUCUUUGUUAACUCUACCCCAUCCUGAUAUCCUAGUACAAUCCUGGCUCAAAUAGUUGUUGUCAACCUUUCACUCUUAGCAGAGAAGAAACCCAUACAAUAAAUAGGAAAGUGAAUUGAUAAUCUGACAAGAUUAUAGGAGAAAAGAACAGCGAGUAAUUUAAUGAAUUACUUUGUUUCUUGAGUUUCAUCCAUUUUUUAAUAAAGAAGUCACACCUUUUAAAAUAAAAGCACAGUGGGGUGAACAAUUCCCGGCCAUUCCCUGGAUAAAUCCCACUCAUAACGUUAACAUUUACAACUGCAGAAUGCCAUUAUUCCUAUUCUUAAUGUGCGUUCUGGUAGUAUUGGUAGUAUUGUGAACAAUUUGUGCUCUUACUAUUCCAUAGUGUUUAAUUCAUGCAUAGAAAAAUUAAUUUGUGAUACAAAGCAUUCCAGGAAUAUAUAUUUGGAAAUGUUUCAAUCGUUUGAUCGGAGUCUAGUGUGACCCCUCCCAUUUUGGUCCACAUUGGCCAUUUUACACUCAAGAUGAACUUGAUAAUAGUUAUUCAUAUCAUGCACAUUAUUAUGCAUCAAGGCCAUUAAGAAGUUGAACUUUCUAAACAUAGAAUAGUGAAUGUUAGUGUGGAUGUUAAGAGGAGAUUUGGCAGAGGAGUAGAAAGUCAUGACAGGUUUAGUUAGGGAUGUUAAUUCUGUAAACAGAUAGUUCAAGGAUUGUGGGAACAAAUGUUCACGUAAAGACAAGGAGCAGAUGAUGGUGAGGAGCACCCCUUUGAUCUAGAAAUUGCCUGUAGGUGGAAAUGAGGGGCAGCACUAAAAAGACCAAAUAACAGGGUUUUAGGAAAGGAGAGCGGACUUAAGAGGACCGAUUAAAUAACAUUGAAAAUGUCCUGAAAAUAGCAGCACAAGUAGAUAGAUUGGUAAAGAAAACAUACGGUAUGCUUGCCUUCAAUUGUCGGGCCAUCGAGUAUGGGAGUCAGGAAGUCAUGUUGCAGCCUUAUCAGACUUUAGUUAGGCCGCAUUUGGAGUGUUGCGUGCAGUUCUGGUUGCCCCAUUACAGGAGGGGUGUGGAGGCUUUGGAAAGGUUUACCAGCAUGAUGCCUGAAUUAGGUAUGAUAGCUACAUGGAGAGUUUAGACAGACUUGGUUUGUUUUCUCGGUAAAGCUGGAGGUUGAGGGAAGACCUGAUAGAAGUAUAUAAAAUUAUGAGAAAUAUAGAUAGAGUAGCAAAUAUGUUAGUGGCAUCUAAGAGACAUUUAGAUAGGCCCAUGAAUCUGCAGUGAAUAGAGGGAUAUGGAUUAUGUACAAGCAGAUAAGAGCUGGUUUUGACAUCAUGUUCGGCACAAACAUUGUGGGCUAAGUGACCUGUUCCUGUGCCAUGUACUGUUCUAUGUUCUAUCUUUUAUGGAUUCUUCAAAGAGCCAGCAGGGACUGAGUAAGCUGAAGGGCCUCAUUCUGUGCUCUCGUAGUUCCAUGAUUCUGAAAUGCAAAUUUUUCUGGAUGCAGUCACACUGAAGCAGCUCGCAAUGUAAAUUCUUCCCGCUAGUCAUUGAGUCAUGCAGCACAAACAGGCCCUUAGGCCCUACUUAUUCAUAUCAGCCAAGACGUCUAUCUACACUAGUCAUACAAGGUUUAGUCACUAAACCUUUCCUAUCCGUGUACCUGCCCAAAUGUCCCAUAAAUUCUGUUAUUAUAUUUGCCUCAACCACUUCUUCUGCUGCCUCUUUCUAUAUACAUACUGCCCUUUGUGUGGAAAAGUUGUCUUUUAAUUUGCUAUUAAAUUUUUCCUCUCUUACCUUAACCAAAUGCCUUUUAGUUUUUUAAUCCCCUAUCCUAGAAAAAAUAGACUAUGUGCGUUCCCUCUAUCCCCCUUAUGAUUUUACACAGCCCCAUAAGAUCACCUCUCAGUCUCCCAUGUUCCAAGGAAUAAUGUCCAUGCCUGCCCAACCUCUCCCUGCAACUCAGUUAUUGUCACAUCUCCAGCCACUGAACAUCACACCAUGUUUCAAUGCAGAAAAUGCUGAAAAUAUUCAUCCAGUCAGACAACACGUGCGAGGAGAAAAAAGGUGAAUGUUUAAGGUCAGUGUAUUUUUCUCAGAACUGAGUGUUUCUAAAAUGGAUUCUGGAGUAAGGAGCAUUCUGGAUAGUUUGUGCUUUGCAUUGUUCCAUCAACACUACAAAUUAUGUUGGUGUUAAUUUCGGAAAGUAGCUCACCUGCCAAACAGUAAACAGCAAGAGUUAAAACUGCAUCUACAAAUAGGCAGAUAUCUUAGUCAUAAAACUAUUUAUUUUGGAAACAUGGACCUACCCUAACAUUAUUGUAUUUCCACACAUGGUGUGGGUUAGCAACAAAUAGUAGUGUUCCCAUUUCGUAAUUUCCGAGAGAGGAACAGGUAUAAAAUCUGACGCGAUGUGAUUCUACCCGGGAUAAUUGUGUAAACUGCACCUGGUGAAAUGAACCGUAAAUCACCAGCAGCUUAGCUGCAAAUGGUUUCAAACCUUUGUUGGAGGGUUGUGUUUCAUUAAAUUAAUGAGCGUUUUUGAUUGUUUAAUAACAAAGGAUGUUUUGGAAAAUAUAGGUGUUAAAACAACUUACCAUUCAAAAUUGAGGACUGUUCCAAAAGAGAGAGGAAGUUGUUUUUAAUUCUUAGUGGAGGUUAUUAGGCAUUCACAUUUUGGUGAAGUUUUAUUGAAAUAAGUUCAGGAAACUUCUCAUUCUACACGUAGAUAGAGUCAUAGUCAUAUAGUGUGGAAGUAGCGCCCUUUGGCCCAUCAUACUAGUCCCGCCCACCUGCAUUUGGUACAUCCCUCUAAACCUGUCCUAUCCAUGUACCUGUCCAAAUGCUUCUUAAAUGUUGCGAUACUAACUGUCUCAACUACGACCUCCGGCUGCUCGUUCCAUAUACCCUCCACCCUGAUAUACUAUAUUGAUAUAUGUUCAUCAAAUUCUACAAAGGAGAGUACUUCCACCACUAUUCCUUUAACAAAAUGCAGUUGGGCCAUAGAACAAUGUCACAGCAGCAUUAAAAACUACUAUUUAGAUGGCUAACCUAAUGCAAACAGUUAUUGAAGAAAAAUGUUUGAAACAACUUUUUUAUUAAAUGAAGACAGGGUAUUUUUAUGUUGCAUUCAUUAGGAUAGAUUUGGCCUUUGAAUGUCAUCAUAAUCAAUUAUCCUUUACACCCAUUAGCAUUAAACCGAAUCAAUUUACUGGAUUAUGCUUUGAAGGCAGGUAGUCACUUCUCUUAAUUUUGCACAUAUUGUAAUGGUUUUACGUUGCAUUCUGCUUUGGAGAUAAGAUUUUAUUGUCUUCAACAGAACUGAAUUUCUAAAUUGGAAUGCGGUGCACAGCUGCUGCUGUAUUUGCAUAUGUAGCACGAGCAGUCGAGCAGUCGAGGCAAAUCUCAUUGAAAUGUACAAGAUUUUAAGAGGCUUUGACAAGGUGAGACGUAGAGUUGACCU